AUGGCUCCCGGAUCUUCGAGGUCAUCCAGGCCCAAGCCGUCUGAAGUGGCUGCCGAAACCAAGAGGCAACACAUUCCCUACAUUAGAUCGUUGGGCACGUGGGAUAUCAGCUCCUAUCUUUUGCAUCAACCGCUAGUGCAAAUCAACUUCCAACAGAGACCCCACGAUAUUGCACCUCCCCAGUUCUUUGUCUACAACGGCGAUCCAGUCGACUGUGCCUUGAACUGGGCAAAGCAGACCGCAGAACCUCACUCGGUAGCCUUCAUCUGCGCGGCUAACGACAAACGACCAGGCGGAGAUUGGGAAACUGGAGCUGUUGGCUACGAGGAACGCCUAUGCCGCCGAAGCACUCUCUCUGCGAACUUGGCAACACCUGCGCCAGGAUCGACAGUGACUGAGAAUUACCCCAUCCCAACUCAUGGUGGUAUUUACUCGCGAGACGUCGUUGUAUUCCGAGGCCCUCACGACAGAUACGAGAAGCUCCCGCCCGAGCAGUGGCAGUCGAUCCCUGUCAUUUCAGUCCAUCCUACUCGCUGGCCUAAACUUACGCAAAACGGAACAAAGUUCUCCUUUGAAAAGGAGCGCGACAUGUUGAAGGACCUGCUACGAGGAGCACUCCGAAUUGCAGCCUACAACGGCCAUACACAACUAGUCAUUGGUGACUUCGGCCUCGGCAAUGGCUACCGCAACCCGCCCCAAGAGGUGGCCGAGAUGUGGCGGGAAGUCUUGCUCUACGACCCUGACCUGCGCGGGCGUAUCUGCUCCGUGGCCUUCGUCUUUGAGGACCCAAAUCAAAGCACCAGCAGACUAAUCCUGGAGGACCUUGCCAAGAAGGCCAGGGAAACUCUUAGCAGCGCCGCUGCCGCCGCUUGUCCUUCCGACUUGGAAGUAUUUCACAGAGUGUUUCACGACACCGAGAUCCAGCGAGUAGUCAGCCAGCCUGAUUCUCGGUAUGGGCUAAAUAACCUGCUUGCGAGUUGA